AUGGAGGCGCCGUACCGCCAGCCGACGUCCCUGGAGGAGGUCCGCACGCUCUGGAUAGGCGGCCUCAAGCACGGGGUCGACGAGAGGUUCCUCUACGAGUGCUUUGCCCUCACCGGCGAGGUACACUCUGUAAGAUUGAUACACAACAGAAUUACAGGAUCUCCUGAAGGUUAUGGAUUCAUAGAGUUCAUUUCACAUGAAGCUGCUCAGAAAGCUCUUCAGAGUUACAAUGGUGCACGAAUGCCCGGAACCGAGCAUAGAUUCAGAUUGAACUGGGCAUCUUUUGGCUGUGGUGAGACGCGUCCUCAUGAAGGAGCCAACCAUUCGAAUGGUCCAUAUUGCUCAGUCAGACAAACACGGAUAAGUGCUGCAGAUCCUAAGAUACCCUAUGGAUCUCAUCUUCAUGAUGGAGAUGCUAAAGGCAAAGAAGCGGUCAUUCCAUCUGUUGGGAAAAUUAAUAGGAAAAUUGUUUGUGAUUCAUCUGAGAGGCGUCCUCAUGCAGGACCUGACCAUUCGAAUGGUGGAGUUUGCUCAACCACCCCGUUGCGGAUAAGUGCUGCAAUUCCUAAUACAUCUUCUGGAGCUCAGCUUCAGAAUGGAGCUGCUAAAGCGAUGUACCCAGCAGCAGCUUAUACAAUUUCACAGGUCCAAACUUCUCUACCAGAUAGUAAUCUUGCAAAGACCACUAUAUUCAUUGGCAACUUAGAUCCAAAUGCUACAGAAGAAGAGCUGAGGCAGAUAUGUGUGCAGUUUGGGGAUCUUAUACGUGUAAAGAUUCCAGUUGGUAAAGGAUGUGGAAUUGUAGAAUUUGCAUCUAUGGCAUCAGCUAAAGAGGCUAUUCAACGCCUACAUGGCACAGUGAUUGGUCAGCAAGUCGUUAGGUUGUCAUGGGGCAGGAGUCCUGCCAGUAAGGAGGUUGAGGGAGCAACUGGGAUGGCAUCAGCAGCUGGGAGCCAUGUCCCAGGGAUGAAGCAGAACAAGGUGUAUGAUCUAGUGAACUUACCUCACAUUGACAAGGGGGUCAAGGUUGUCACAGAUCCAGAUACUGCGGGAUCUAAAGGAUAUGAAUUCAUAAAGUCUGCAGCUGAAAAUGAGAAGAUCUGUGCAGUGACAGAAACGAAUGGUGCAUGUUGCUCAACCAGACCUAUGCAGAUAAGUGCUGCAAUUCCAAAGGCAUCGUCUGGAUCUCAGCAUCAGGAUGGAGCUGCUAAAGGUAAUGACUUACUAUUUUGGCGUUCCCAGUGCAACACAAUUGCAGUAGCUGUUAUGGACUUGUGA